AUUCUGGAUAACAGUAAGCAAGCAUUAACUUUACCGUCGAUUCCCAUCCAUUGCCACUACUCUAAAGCUAUCUUCCCCAAACACUCACUCUUUCGAUUCCCAUUCUCCUCUCUCCCAAACCUUUCACAGAAACCCAAUUCACCUUGCGGAGAGGGUGAUAAACAGAAGAAAAUCUCCUCAAUGGAAAAGCUCUGAAAUUAGGGUUUUUUGGUUGAAGAAGAAGAAAAAGGAGGGCAUGAUGAAGCGGCUGUGGGGUGGGCCCGGAACGAUUAGCGGGUUCCUCUUGAGGUUUGGGCAAUGUGCGUUUGGUGCCGCUUCAAUUGCUCUUAUGGUCACUGGUUUUGGCUUCUCUAGCUACACUGCUUUCUGCUAUUUAAUUGCAUCAAUGGGACUUCAAUUUCUCUGGAGCUUUGGACUUGCAUGUCUUGAUAUUUAUGCCUUGAGGAGAAAGAGAGACCUGCAAAAUCCAAUUCUUGUCAGCCUGUUUGUUGUAGGCGAUUGGGUAACAGCAACUUUAUCACUGGCAGCUGCAUGCUCAUCAGCGGGAGUUGUAGUAUUAUACUCAAGAGACCUUAAUAUGUGUGCGACUACUAAGCGUCUCACAUGCAACAAGUAUCAGAUUUCUGUAGCCAUGGCUUUUGUGACCUGGGUUCUUACAGCAAUGUCAUCGCAUGUGAUGUUCUGGAUCUUGGCCUCAGUCUAGCUUCACGUAUUUCCUUUGCUAGAUCCCAAGACCACCAUAGAUAUCAAGGUAUCUUGUUGUAAAUUUUGUUGUAUCAAUACUUGCCACGACAUGUAGGCAAAUUUUUCCAUGUUGUCCCUUCUCAAAACUUUGAUUGAUUUUUCAUUUUUCAACCUUGCCACGCCAACCUCAGUCCUAGAUAUAGAUGCUGGUUUAAUGUAAAAGCUUUGACAUGAUUCUGUAAACUUCCUUAUUGUAACCAAGAUAUUCUCCUUGUGCUGGGUGCAUGCGUUUGUAUAUAAUCUUGUUCGUUCACCACCUCUA